UGGUGCUGCUUCACUGCUCGCACAACCAUAACCAACAGCGGCUGUGAAAAUAUGUCAAUAUUUAUUCGAGAAUCCUUUAUUUGUAUGUAAAACGAGAGUGCAAAUAUGAGCAGCGCAACAUAGAGUUAGACGCAAUUGAACGGAAGUUAAAACGUGCGGUAAUGGUUUGAUAGUUCACUUUUCGCUGCGAAAAUAGUUUCGGCGCCCCACCUGAAAACGGUCACACAGCGGACACAAAGCAACAUCAAUACUAGCUUGGUAACACGAUUAGAGCAGCACCAAGACGUCCACAAUGGCCGAGAGACCGAAAAAUUUGUUUGCAAAUACAGAUGGACCAAGUCGAUCGCGCAUUCUGUCCGAUGAGCUGAGCUUGAAUAAUCUAAGCUUACGGCAUCCGCCCUCGUCCACAUCGUCAACUUCAUCUGGUUCGACAUCGUCAGGCUCAAGUUCCUCUUCGCAGCAAAGCAAUAUGGCGCUUCGAUUUGGCGCACAGCCAAGCUUUGUGCCCGCAAUUCCGGUGCCCAGUAGUACUGCAGCCAGUACCAGCAGCGGCAGCAGCAGCAGUGCCACUGCAGCGGAUCGUCAUAGGGAACGCAUAAGGCAGCAGGCUUGCGGUAAGCUGCAAUUCGGUGAGGGUGCGGCUAACACACAUCAAUUCACAUCGGAUGAUCUCGAGGACUUGGGCGAGAUUGGACGCGGAGCUUUUGGAGCUGUUAACAAGAUGAUAUUCAAGAAACUGGAUAAAGUGAUUGCCGUCAAGCGCAUACGCUCCACAGUCGACGAAAAGGAACAGAAGCAGCUGCUCAUGGAUCUCGAAGUGGUUAUGAAAUCAAAUGAAUGCAUCUACAUAGUGCAGUUCUAUGGCGCGCUCUUUAAGGAAGGCGACUGCUGGAUAUGCAUGGAGCUAAUGGACACUUCGCUGGACAAGUUUUACAAGUAUAUAUUCGAGAAGAAGCAGCGACAUAUACCAGAAUCUAUACUAGCUAAGAUUACGGUGGCAACAGUAAAUGCACUCAAUUAUCUAAAAGACGAGCUUAGGAUAAUACAUCGCGAUGUAAAGCCCAGCAAUAUUUUGCUGCACAGACGUGGUGAUAUUAAACUAUGUGAUUUUGGCAUCUCUGGACAGUUGGUUGACUCGAUAGCCAAGACCAAGGAUGCGGGAUGCAGGCCCUACAUGGCGCCGGAGCGCAUUGAUCCGGAGCGUGCCAAGGGAUAUGAUGUGCGCAGCGAUGUUUGGUCCUUGGGCAUUACACUCAUGGAGGUAGCAACUGGAACGUUUCCAUAUCGCAAGUGGGACUCGGUCUUUGAGCAAUUGUGCCAGGUGGUGCAAGGUGAUCCACCACGUUUGCAAACAUCCUAUAAUGGCAUGGAGUUCUCUAAAGAGUUUGUGGACUUUGUUAAUACUUGCCUCAUCAAGAAGGAGAGCGACAGGCCCAAAUAUAGCCGUUUGCUACAGAUGCCGUUCAUACAACGUGGCGAGAAUAGCCACACGGAUGUGGCCGCCUAUGUAACCGAUGUGCUUGAAUCCAUGGAAAGUGAUGGCAUCACGCAGUUCACAACUAAUCAGCCAGCAGAAAGUUAAUCUAGUUUGCCCAGAAAGCCAACAAGUCAUAACUUAAAUAAGCAAAACAAAACAACAAAAACAAAUGCAAACUAAACAAAAAGGAGAGUAGAUAAAGAAAACACAAAUUGUUGUCUACUUUAUAGCAUUCGUAGUAAAGGUAGCUCGUAUUUUGUUAAACGAAAGCAAACACAAAAAGAAACAACAAUACAAAAAAAGAAAUAAGAAAGAAAACGCGAAGUAAUUGUAAAGAACAUAAAUAAUUGUGUAUUUGUGUGAAAAGUGUGUAUGGACUUUAUGAUUAUAUUGCCCCAAUAAUAUCUGUGUUUCAAGUAAACGUAAAUUUAUCCCUUUCUAAUAAGUUGGAUCGCCUAGCAUUUGAAAGUUGAUGCAGAAUGUGUUAAAUUAUCGUUAAUAAGGGCAACAGCUGGAAAAAAUGAUAAACAAUUUUUGAUGGCAUUUUACAAGCAAAAUCAAAUGGAAAAUGUUAACUGUAAGGCUUACGAGCAUCAAAUAAUCUACACACAUUUACAUUAAGAAAAUAUAAAAAAAAUACAUUUACAAAUGUAUAAAACACCAAUUGAAA